GUUGAUUUAACGUUGGCGAUUGGCGCGCGUCGGCCUGGCGUUUUUGGUGGUUUGGCAGUGAACACCAUUUCUGUGAACGAUUCGUUUCUUAUAACUCCAAGAAGAUCGCCAAUGUAGUUGUUAUAUUAUAAAUAUUGUUCCUAGCACACUCGACAUGAAAUGACACUAGAUUCGUUGUUAUAAAUUGUAUAGAGUGCAAAACGAAAUCAUUCAUCAUGAAACGGAGCAUGGACGGCAGGAAUCUUUCACAGGACGAAAUCGAAGAGCAGGAUCCUUUGCAAUCUCAACAGCAACAGCAAGAUGAUGCAGAUCAACAGUUAGAGCAACAGCAGCAAGCUGUCCAGCCACAGAUUCGUUUUCUAAGCGCUAAUGUGUUGCAGCAGUUGCAGCAACAGCAAGAUGUUCAGCAAGCUCAGCAGCAGCAACAACAGCAACAGCCACAAGUUAUUACCCUGCAAAACUUUGUGCCUUUACAAGCUCAACAGCCGCAACACGAGCAGCAGAGAACGCAAGCAAUUUCUGUCCAAUCGCUACCUCAUCAAUUCUUGCAAGGUGCUCAGAUUAUCAGCGGUGCUCAGGCACAAGCGGCUCUUCAACAGCAGCAGCAUCAGCAGCAGCAACAACAGAGCCAGCAACAAGCCCAGCAGCAGCAAACGCAGCAGCAAGCUCAGCAGCAGCAAACGCAACAGCAGCAGCUUAGUUAUAGUGUAAUCCCACAAAUGCAGACUGUUAAUAUAGAUGGUCAGGAAGCUCUGUUUAUUCCAUCCUCAGCGAUGUCGGCUGCGAGUGCCCAUCACCAAGCGCAACCAACAAUGCAAUUUGCUACUGCAAAUGGCCAACAAAUGCAACUUGCCGGCCAGCAGGUCCAACUAGCAAACGGACAGACAAUUAUCACACCACAACCAGUUAGUCUUAUAAGAGCACCGAAUGUCUUUCCUACUUCGAUUAUACAAAACAUUACGGGACAAACUGUUCAGUUGCCGACAGGACAAAGUGUACAGGUAAGACCGCUGCAAUUUCCUAUGCAACAUGUUCAGCAAGCGGUACCUGUGCAAUUACCGGUCACUGCCAAUAACGGGCAAACCGUUUAUCAGACAGUACAUCUUCCUGUCCAGUCCCUAUCCAGCGUCUUCAAUAUGCCCACGACGCAAAUGAUACCACAAAUUAUGCAACAAAUACCUCAAGUGGCGCAGAUUAUCACGCCGAGCGGUCAAAUUCAGCAAGUGCAAAUUGCUAGUUUACCGCAAUUGCAAAACCUUCAGAGUCAGCAAGUAACGCAAGUUGCACAUCAACAAGCACAACAACAAGUCGUCCAACAACAAACUCAACAACAAGUGGUACAGUCGGUGCAGCAGCAACAACAAGUCGCCCAAGCCCAAGUACAGCAACAGCAGCAAGUGCAACAAGUGGUACAGCAGGUGAUACAGCAACCAGCAUCGUCCCAGCAGCAGCAGUCGCAACAGCAGCAGAUGCAACAGUCCUCCACUCCAUCGUCAACAGUAGCGACUUGGAGCACAACAGUUGCAUCUCCCAGCAAUGUUCAAGUACUUGGUAUAGGUACGUUGGGAAGAAACAUAACAGGAAGUAACGUUAUUACCACAAAAGACGGUCAAAAAAUCGACGUGCAGACAUUAUCUAGUUUGACAAGGCCGCCCGAAACGGUAGAAGGUGACAUCAAAGUAACUAAUAUCGAUGCGAGUCAAUUAACUAGUGGGCAAGUAAUACAUAUCCCUGCUCCGCAAUCGGCUCAGCCUACAGUGCAACCUAUUACGAUCACAGGAACGCAAGGACAACAGUUAACGCUUAUACCUGCGUCCGCAUUAGCGAAUUUGACUGCGCAACAAGGUAACAUGAUGAGGAAUGUGAGCAAUGGAAGUAUAAUGCAAAUUCAGCCAACUGCCGGAAUGAAUACGACCAAUGGUUUCUUACAAUCGAUACCCGUGCAAAAUAUCCCAGGCUUAGGCAAUGUGCAAGUAAUACCGGCAAGCGCAUUGCAGCCGGCUACAGUUCAAACGUUACCGGCCACUGUUCAAGCCGCGGCCACUCCUAUCGUCGCGACUACACCAACUGUGCAACUCGAUUCAAAUGAUCCUACUAAAUGGCAGAUUCUCCAAACCCUUCAGCACGGAACCUUGACAACGUCCGCUACACCUGUAUCUCAUCAACAAAUAUCGAACACAGCUUCUCCCUCCAAUGACACUAAUGAUCCGAAUAAGCAGCAUCGUAGAAGAGUCGCGUGUACAUGUCCCAAUUGUGGUGAUGGCGAUAGAAAUAGAGAUAUAACCAGGAAACGACAACAUGUAUGUCACAUUGCUGGAUGUAAUAAAGUAUAUGGAAAAACGAGCCAUCUACGUGCUCAUUUACGCUGGCACACUGGCGAACGUCCUUUCAUCUGCACUUGGAUAUUUUGCGGUAAAAAGUUCACUAGAUCCGAUGAACUUCAGAGGCAUCGCAGAACCCAUACGGGUGAGAAACGUUUUCAGUGUCCAGAAUGUACAAAGAAAUUUAUGCGAUCGGAUCACCUAACGAAACACAUCAAAACGCAUACGAAGAUACGGAGCACGGAAGCUGCCACUUCGACGCAGGAAGGCUCGUCUGACAGUCAGUCUUCCACUGAGCAAAAAAUCAUGAUAGCUCUGCACAAGGAGGAGCAAUCUGACAUUAUCAUAGCAGAGCCGAUCGAAUCCAUAAAAAACGACUCGUCGAAUCAUGUAACAAAUGACUAAAAAUUUUAAUAUAGUAUAAAAUCAGACAGCAAUCAGCUUAUGGUAUC